CAAAACAACCACUGCUGCGUUUACAGCCAAGUGAAUGCUUGUGGUAAAAAUGAUCUCCAGCUCAACUGAAGGGGGAUUGUUUUGUCUUCUUUGACUUUGUGACAAACUUGGAUACGUGUCUUGGACUUGUUUUUUGGCAACAUGCAGACUCAGCUAGUUGGUGUGUGUUUGGCAAUCAUCGGCUUUCUUGGCACCAUCCUUAUCUGCGGACUGCCUAUGUGGAAGGUGACGGCCUUUGUUGGGGCAAACAUCGUCACCUCUCAGGUCUUCUGGGAAGGUUUAUGGAUGAACUGUGUGAUCCAGAGCACGGGUCAAUCGCAGUGUAAGGCCUACGACUCCAUUCUGGCUUUACCACAGGAUCUGCAGGCCUCCAGGGCUCUCAUCUGUGUCUCCAUCGGUGUCAGCGUGGUGGCCAUCGGGCUCACUGUGGUCGGGGCCCGCUGCACCAACUUCUUUCAUCGUGACUGGCUGACCAAAGCUAAUAUUGGCCUGGCUGGAGGUCUGGUGUUUAUAUUGGCAGGGCUCCUGUGUAUUAUUCCUGUCAGCUUGUCAGCUCACAGCAUCAUCACAGGUUUCUACAACCCUCUGCCCACCACGGAGAGGAGGGGAGAGCUCGGGGCUUCCAUAUAUGUGGGCUGGGCAUCUGGAGCUCUGCUCGUCAUUGGAGGAGGGGUGUUGUGUAGCACCUACAGAUGCUGAGGACGGGGAGAAGAGAGAAGAGGAGAGGACAUGGCGUCAAAUAUAUACUGCAGCUGAAAAUACUGUGUUUACUGUGAUGGACUUUCUUUGCUUAAGUCUUUGAUCAAAGCCUCUUUUUUAAUGUUAAUUUCAACCUUAAUUUAAUGCACUAUACUGACUUUUUACAACUAAUCUUUGUAAAAUAUUAGAGUGUGUAGCACAUUGAAGUGUACAGUGAAUUGCAUGACCAGGACAUACAGUGUUUACGUUUGAUUUUAAAGUGAAGAAUGAAAAAUGAAGAUGAAAUGGUUGAGCCAAUAGUUUGUAUAUUGUGAUAUUACAGAUCGUUAACAGAAAAAAUGUGUUUUUAUAUAUAUUUCAUGCUGGGUUUAUGUGAUGUUUUUUAAUAUGUACAGAGCAAGAUAUAAAUAAGACCCUGAGAGAUCACUGCUGUCGUGUUUAAUCACAGACUUAAACAUUAUAUUUUAAAGGUCCACUGUGUAGGAUUUAGUGACAUUUAAUGGCAGAAAUGUUAUAGAAUAUUCAUAACUAUGUUUUCAUUAGUGUAUAAUCACCUGAAAAUAAGAACUGUUGUGUCGUUGUUACCUUAGAAUGAGCCACUUACAUCUACCUAUGGAGCAGGUCCUCUUCCAUGAAGUCAGCCUGGUUGUUUCUACAGUAGCCCAGAUAGGACAAACCAAACAGUGGCUUCACAUAGGGACAUUUACAUUUUAGAUUCACAUAUAGAAACUGUAAAACUGUUGUGAAACUGUAACUGACACAACGUCUCAGUUCACUAGUCGACUUUUUCCCCAUCUGUUCCUCCCACUUGAGUAGAUGAAUGACAUGUUUGCUGUUUAUGGGCAUGUUUUGCCAUGUCAAAUGAAGGAAACUACGAAUGUUUGUAUGUUUAUAUCUUAACAAAACAAUAAAUUCACUUUGUAUAUUUGUA